CGCCGCUCCGGUGUGGCGGCGGGGGCGGGCGCGGCCCCCGUGACGCAGUUCCGGUUCCGGUGCCCGUCGCGGUGGCGGUGCAGCUGCGGCCGCCGCGUCGCUCCGGGCCUGCGCCGGCUCCCCCCGCACAGCACAAUGUCUGGAACUGAUGAUUUUUCGUUGGCAGAUGCUUUACCAGACCAGUCGCCUGCUAAAACCUCCAAAGUGAGCAGCACCAAGCCUGGCCAGCAGCCCGGGCAGCCUCCGCAGGGCUGGCCGGCUUCCAACCCUUGGAAUAACCCCAGCGCCCCCCCUAUGACUCCAACGGGACUGCCACCAAACACAUCGGCUUCCAGCGUGCCCUUCGGACCUCCUCCCACGGGAAUGUAUCCUUCAAUGCCCCCGGGACCGCCUGCUCCAUUUCCUCCUCCUCCUACUGGACCCUCCUGCCCUCCUCCUGGUGGUCCAUAUCCACCCCCAACUGUGCCGGGUCCUGUCCCUCCAGGGCAGUAUCCUCCACCAAAUAUGCCCUUUCCAGAGCUUCCACGACCUUACGGAGGUCCGACAGAGCCAGCUGCACCUCCUGCUCCUGUUGGGCCAUGGGGAUCCAUGCCCUCUGGAGCAUGGGGACCAACAAUGGGAGGGCAGUAUCCUGCUCCCAGCAUGCCAUAUCCACCCCCAGGGCCAUAUUCUGCUCCCACCCAGACUCCAGGGGCUGCGCCGACAGUACCGUGGGGUACGGUCCCGCCCGGAACGUGGGGACCGUCACCGCCCGGGCCAUUCCCUCCACCCACGGGAUCAUAUCCAGCUCCGGGACUAUAUCCUACGCCCCCUAAUCCUUUUCAAGUGCCAUCUGGUCCUGCUGGUGCUCCAUCAAUGCCUGGUGGUCCCCAUCCUUACCGCUGAAUACGUUCUGGGCAGCAAAAUACUGUAGUUUUCCACCUUCAUCCACUACUUACAGAGAUUUUUACAGUUUUUGUUUCAGUAAUGUAUGGGGCUAUGAAGAAUAUUGCCUCUUGUAUGUGCAUUUGAGGUAUGAAGGAGCAGUUUACAUCAAUUUACCUUGCUCAUAUGCUGGCAUAAUUAUUUGGUUUGAUCAAGCGAAAUACAAAGAGAAGAAAUCAACUAACACACCUGUGGUUCUUAUGUUGGCAAGUAUUCCUUGGAAAAACAGGAGUUGCCAUGUAAGGAUUAUAAAGAAUCAGGCCCAUGGAAUUUUAAAAAAAAGUUAAUUCUUAAAUUAAUGCUUUAAGUCUCGUUGCCAGACUCCUGCUGGUCAUUGAACAGAUGGAUAGUCAUAUUUUGUCUAUUUUCAGGUUAUUCUAAAAAGUCAAUAGAGAAAGUGUUUCAACAUUUUAGUCAAGAAACCUAAUUUUUGAACGUGCUACAGUGAUUCAAACUAACAAGACAGAGCAUGUGAACUCGAAGGUUUUCUCAGCAUUUUGUACAUACUCAAACCAAUUGCUCGGUCUGGGACUACGGAGGAGAAGAGCCACGUUUGGAAGCCUUGGUGUGAUUUGUCAUCACACUGUCGGUGUUCACAAACAGGCAUUCCUGUGCAAGUGAAAUAACCUGGAUGUGCAGUUAACUUUGAAUCAGCAAAAUGUGAGUUUUAUGCAUGCAAAUGAGGACAUCCCGUUGCCAGUUCUCAUUCUGUGGUGGUUGGAAGUUUGGCUUGGUCUGUGUAAAGAGAAACUGAUCCCCACUUAGGUACUUCCCUAUUUCUGACCUGGGUUCUAGUCAUUUCAAAUUCGACUCGGCUGCUGGGUUGUGUAAACCUGGCAGACUUUUUCAGAGUCCCUGGAAACUGAGCUUGAGCUUAAAACCCAACCUGAGCAUUCCCUUCCCGGCAGUUUUUGGCACAGUCGUGUCGCGACAGAGAUCCUCGUUGCCGCGGUCGGGCGCGAGGGGCUCUCCUUUGCUGUCCCUGGGAGCAGCCCCUGUUCCCAGCUGGGUGUCUGCAUACCUCACUGAGUAGGAGGAAUCUGGGAGAAGUUGAAUGUCAGGAAGCCUGUGCACUGCUGUGCAGCUGCCUCUCCCGAGGGGCGCUGCCCUGAGCUUUCGUGUUCUCGCCAUAUCCGUGCCAAGCAUAUCCCAGGGCUUUGCCGAGGCGCGGCCGCGUCUCUUGGUGGUACUUCAUGGCCUACACUUGGACCACGGACAGUUUGUUUCCUCCCCAGCUGGGGAUCUCCUGACUUAGCCUCUGUGGGUAGAAUUAGGAACAGAUUUUGCUUCACAUGGUAGCUCGUUAGGGAGUCUUUGUAUCAUGGAACUGUGAACACGAGUUAAUUCUCUUCCAGUACUUUCGUGGCUUCCUGCAUGCGUGUGACGGACGCUCUGAAAGCACAUGGGGUGACCUGGUGGUGAUGCUCCUUGGUAGUCAUAGCCUUUAUGGCAAAGUCCUACAGUAUUUUUGCAGGAGAAGGCAGCCAGCUGAGCUGUGGCUGCUUUAAUCCAACGUCAUGAAAGCUGAUAGCAAAGGAAUGUCUAUUUUUUCUUUUAGGAAGACAGUACUGGAGCUGAACAAAAACACUUUAACACUUCAACUUAAACCCCAGCAACUUAAUACUUGGAAUAAGAACCAAAAGUGCAAGUCUUCACUAACCUUAAAAAAACCCCAGUUGCCCCCCAAAGCAGACUUGGCAAGACUAAUUAAAAUUAACAGCAGCAACAUUGACUGCAUUUGCUUAAGUGCUUUUUUGAUACCUGCAGCCUUAGACUGUAAAUCAUUGUAAUGAAAAAAAACAUUUAUUCCAAAUGAAUGGAUCAUGCAGUAGCAGCCCUCCAGUUGGAAUUGCACUGGCCAUAUGUCUCUGCAGGGAAUGGGAAGAGGUAGGAAAGGAUAAAGCAAAAGUAGCAAGUAAUGAUUUUUGGAAAGGGGUUUUGUAAAAGUAACUAGACUUCUAGGUUCUUCCUGAAAUAGGCAGGAUUUAUUACUGGAACAUUUAGGCUAAAAUUCAAUAUAUAUGGGAUGUUUUUCAAUGUAUAUUCGUAUUUCUUGAGGUCAUGAAAACUGUUUCAUAACCCCUUUGUUUUUGUGAGCAGAGUUCUUUGCAUAGCAGUGAAAAGGGUAUUCCUGUUAAUCUAUUGUGUAAAAACUCAAGGUGUCACUAUAUACCGUGUAGUAACUUUAUCACAUGUUAUGUCAAGUGUGAGCAACUUCUGGCCUGAAGCUUUUGCAAUGGAAUUUGUACAUUUCUAUGCAUCAUUUUGAGUUCAAUUGCUGAGGAGUUCGUUUUGACUUGUGCUUUGAGGUUGACAUACUGCAUUUGUUUACAAUACGAAAUAUAAGCAAUCACAUCUUUAAAGUAUAGAUUAUCACCUGCUGCUGUAUUUUCUUUAGAUGAAACAAAUAUUGCUGUAUGAUAGUGAGAAGCUAUAAAUACAGGAUUUGAUAUUUUUUUGAAAAUGCUGUCACUUUUGUAUAAGAUUAGACAUUAAACGUAUUUUCAAGACUGUUGUGUUCACUGUUUUUCAAUUCCUGCUUUUGACAUGCCUGUGUAGACUUUUGCCUUGAAUGAAUAGUAAAAAUAGGACAUCCUUGAUUUGCAAAGCCUGAAUAUAAAAUCAGAAUUACUUGA